ACACCAAUGCAGCAAUACCGCAUCACUGUCAGUCCGCACAAAUCACAUCACAAUAAAAUUCACAAUUCAUCAAAGCGUCUACAGUUUAUACUUAAGAUUUGAAAUAAUAAUAUUGUUUUAAUUUGAAAGUCAAGUACUCGAGUGUGUGUUGAACUAAAAAUUAUCGAUAGUGAGUCUUAAUAAUUUCGACGAGAUUACAUUGUUGUAAGGGUAAUUAUAAUCACAAAGAAAAACUAUUUGUUACUAGAUAUUGGUAGAUACCAGUCCGGCAUACAACGAAUUAUAUUAUUAAGAAUAUGGCAUCAUUGAGAUCUAUCCAACGUUCUUUACGAAAUCCCCAGGCUGGAGCUAUAAUAGAUCCAAUGCAAGUAGAUGCACCUCCUGAAGAAAAUGACAACAACGAAGAUGAAUCGUACGAAGUGGACAUUGAUUCAUUUGAUCUUGAAACAUAUGCAAACAGUUAUACUGGGCUAGCUCGAAUUUAUAGGCUGAUGUAUAUAGCUGACCAUUGUCCAAGAUUGCGACCUGAUGCAUUACGAUUAGCCAUUUCACAUGUUAUUAAAACAAUGAAUGCUAAUCUGUAUCAAGUGCUACACCAUAAACUUCAACAGUGUCAAGGAAAUAUACUACCAGAUGUUACCGGAGCUAAUCCGAUAGACACGGGACUUCCAGUGUUCAAUUCUGCUUGGGUAGAAACUACAAAUCAAAAAUCAGCUAUGAAACUUGAAAAGCUAGAUGGAGAUCUUAAGAAUUACAAAAGUAAUUCAAUUAAGGAAAGCAUUCGUCGUGGUCAUAAUGAAAUUGGUGAUCAUUAUGUCAAUUGUGGAGACCUCAUUGAAGCAACUAAAAGUUACUCAAAGGCUCGAGAUUAUUGUACUAGUUCCUCCCAUGUCAUAUCAAUGUGUCUUAACAUAAUAAAAGUUGGAAUUUAUCUACAAAAUUGGUCACAUGUUAUCAAUUACAUAAUUAAAGCUGAAUCUACUCCAGACUAUACAGAAAACUCUGAACUCCAGACUACAUACAGUUCUACUCUUAAAUGUAUGACUGGCUUAGCUGAAUUAGCUGGUCGUAAGUACAAAUUAGCUGCUCAAAAUUUCUUGAAAACAAAUCUUGAUUAUUGGGAUUCUUGUGACGUAAUGACACCUAAUGACAUUGCAAUUUAUGGAGGACUUUGCGCAUUAGCUACUUUUAGCCGUUUGGAACUUCAAAAUAGUGUGAUUUGCAAUAACUCAUUCAAAUUAUUCCUGGAACUAGAACCUGAAGUACGUGAUGCGAUUUUCAAGUUUUAUGAAUCCAAAUAUGAAGUCUGUUUAACAAUUUUGAACAAAAUAAAACCUAUUUUACUCCUUGAUAUGUACAUUGGAUCUCACAUAAACCAGCUCUACUCGAAUAUAAGAAGCAAAGCCAUGAUUCAAUAUUUCUGUCCAUACGACUCUGCUGACUUAAGAAAAAUGGCAUUAUGUUUCAAUACACCAUUGCCUGAUUUGGAAAAUGAACUUAUGCAACUAAUUUUAGAUGGACACAUUAAGGCUCGUAUUGACUCCAUUAAUAAAAUCCUUUACGCUAAGCAUCCAAAUCAAAGAGUUGAAACAUUUGAGAAAGCUAUGUCAAUGGCUCAACAAUACAGUAGAUAUAUGCACAUUUUAGUACUGAAAAGUCAAAUUAUUAAACACCAGUUUAAUUCAAAACUAAGUAAAUCCGAACGUCUCUCCAAUAUUGGGAAAACUAUUAAUGUAGAUUUUGUAAAAAUAUCUGGAUAAAAAAUUAUUUACGUCUUAUAAUAUAAUUAUCAUAAUAUAUGAAGUACUUGGAUUGUAUAAUAAUGUUGUCAUUAAACAUAACAAACUUAAUACACAAAUAUUAUUUUUAUCAAUAAUUGUAUUUUUGUAAAUUAAUAGAUUCGCAGAGCAAUAUUAUUGAUGUAAUGUGUAUAUACUCUUUUUUUUUUUUUAAUUACAAUUUGUAUUUAUAGUUUAAAAUAUUAAUUUGUAUAACAUAUUUAAGAAAAGUCAAUCUGAUGAUUGAAUGUGGAUAACUGAUAGAAAUUAUGAUACAAAAUGAAUAACCAGAAAAUAUUCCCAUUGGUUAAAAAUGUUGUAAAUGUUUCAACAAAAUAUUUUUUUUACAUUUAAUUUUACAAUAAACGACCACUUCCUAGUUUAUAAAAAUAUAUAAUUUGUCAAUUACAAUGAUUGAUAUAAAUUGAGUCUUAAAAUAA